AUGUCGGCUACACCGCUCUCCGUUGUAAGCGAGGAUUUCACGAUUGUUGAGUAUUUAUUGCAAUUACAAUUAAAAGCUCCGCAAUUCAGACUUAAAGAGUGCUUAGAUAUUUCAAACCAAACAUCAAACGAAAAAUUUUUGACCUACGUUUCAAAUAUGCCUAACGCAAAUAUCGUCGAUGUAUUGAUUUCACUUGAUAAGCUUCAGCAACCUCUUUCUGAUAUUAUUAAUCGCGGUGUUAGAGUUAAUCCACAAGUUGGCCUUCGUUUCAAGACUAACGGUUUCGAUAUCAACCGUGAUGAGCAGACAUUUGAAGUAUUACACCUUGCAAUUGCUCUUGGAACCAUCCAAAACUUCGAAAUUCAAGGUGGAGAAAUCAAGGAAGUUUCAUACAACAGGAACGAGCCAACACCAUCCGAUCUUCUUCCACAAUACGAUACACUUCGUCUUAAUGAAGACAAUGAGUUCAUCAUUUACAAUCAGAACCAAGUCAAAGCUACACACCUUGUCAGAUUCGAUGGAGGCGAUAAUCUUUCACCGGAUCCACCAGUCUUCACACGCUGUGCUGUUUGUGGCAAAGACAACGCUACAUUAUGGUGCGAAAACGAUUGCAUCAAAUUAUGCAGCGAAUGUGAUGAAAAGACACACAAAUCCAAUCCAGUCUUCGAGAAACAUACACGUGUAGCACUUACAGAGAGUCAGGCCGACUUCCAAACAUGUCCUCUCCAUCCAAAGAAUCGUGUACAAUAUUAUUGUCCGAAAUGUCAUUGUCCAGUCUGUUUAGAGUGCAAGAUCCACGGCAGCCACUCCAAGGGUGAAGCUGCUCGUCACCAUCUUGUUUCUGUUGCCGAAGCAUUCAACAAUACUCGUCAGGAACUUUCAGCACCGAACAAGUCAUUCGAAAACCGCCAGCGAAUGAUCAAAGAACGACUUCUUAAAGUUGAUCGUCGUCUUGACGAACUCGUCAGUGGCGAAACCGACAUAAUCAACCAGAUCAAACUUGCUGCACAGAAAGCCAUUGAAGAAGCCCAUCAUCUCUAUCUCCAGAAGUCACAAUCACUUAAAUCAGCACGAACAGAGCUUGAAAGGAAGAUGAAUGAAGUUGAAUAUCUCGAAACAAUGAUUUCCACGCAUCGCGAUACAUCAGAACCACUUGACUUACUCCAAGCUAACUUUGCCAACAACACACUUCUUUCUGAGAUCAAGAAAGACUCAGAUCUCCCUCUUCCUCCCGAAGACGACGGAGAAAUCGUCAUCAAGACAUUCAUGUCAAUCGGAAUUGACAAGAAACAGAAGUCAGAAAUUCUCAACCGCGAUGUCCAUUUGAACGAAUUAGGAACAGACUUCACAGAAUCAACUGUUGGAACACAGGAGUCACAGAGAUCGAAGCGUUCUAAGGAUCCAACACUCGGAACAGUCAUGAAUACUAACUACCAGAAUUCAAAGGAUGUAAAGAUUUCAUCACUUGCAAGGAUGGCACUUCGCAAGAAAGAGAAGUACUCACGCCAGGGAAUUGAUCUCGAUUUCGUUCCUUUCAACCACUCAAAGAUUCUCUCCGACGAAGUUUCUCGUACUGAAAUUUAUUUGACACUCCCAUUCAAAUCCACUCCACAGACAAAACUUCUCUACUCAUCAGAACGCGAUGGCCGCAGUGUUGAGAGAAUGCACAGCUGCAUAGAUGGAACAGGAAUCACUGCUGUUCUCGUAAAAGUCGGUGAUCAUGUUUUCGGAGGAUUCGCAGCUUCGAAGUGGAACUCUGAUGGAAAGUCAUUCGGUCAGAACUCAUCUAGUUUCUUGUUCUCAGUCGAUAGAGACGCGUUCAUUCCUCACAAACCUCUCUCUGAUGAACCAGUCUGUCUAUGGGCAGAUAGUAACAGUAUCACAUUCGGUAAAUACGACUUGAGACUCGAGGGAAACCUUGAUAAAUGCAGUUCGACAAUCGAAAACAACUUCGGAGUUGGUUUCGAAUACGGAAGCAAUGUGUGUAAGACAUUUUUAGCUGGUUCACCUGUUUUCAAACCAGACAUUGUUGAAGUUUGGGGAUUCUUCUCAGAUUCAAAAUAA